GUGAAGUUGUAAUCCGAAUCUCCCUUUCUCAAUAUAGUUAUGUGGCCAGAAGAACACACAGAAAGUCAACAUGAGUACUACAGGGAAAGUUAUCAGGCGCAGAGCAGCCAUAUUCUGGAAGCCUGGUGCAUCAUUUUCCAUUGAGGAGAUAGAAGUGGCCCUAGCAAAGGCAAAGGAAGUUCGAAUUAAGGUCCUGGCCACAGGGCUCUGUGGGACGGGGAUGAAAAUGUUGAGGAAUAAAAACCUUAAUCAUAAUUAUCCUAUCAUUAUGGGCCAUGAAGGGGCUGGAAUAGUUGAGAGUGUGGGAGGAGUGAGCACUGUGAAAACAGGUAUGAAUUAUAUAUGCAUACUUGCCCUUUCCAAUUGUCAUGACGUAUGUUCCCUUUGCCCUUGUUUUCUGCCUUUAUGUGCUCAGGUGACCCCAGGCUCCACCUGUGCCGUAUUUGUUGGAGGAGUAGGCAUGUCUAUUAUCACGGGCUGCAAGGAAGCAGGAGCAGCCAGGACUAUAGGGGUGGACAUCCACAAAGACAAAUUUGAGAAAGCAAAGGAAGUAGGUGCCACUGAGUGUAUCACCCCCCAGGACUCUGAGAAACCCAUUGAAGAAGUUUUAUUUCAUAUAACAGGUGAUGGUGUGGACUUUUGCUUUGAGGUCAUUGGGAAUCCAGAAACCCUGGCAGCUGCCUUGGCCUCCUGCUGUGAGAGCCACAGAGUCUGUGUGAUUAUUGGAUUGACCAUUGGUGUCCAACUCAACAUCCAUGGCCACUUGUUCUUCUCAGGAUGUUCUUUAAAGGGAUCUGUUUUUGGAGGUUGGAAAAGCAGAGAGAAUGUCUCUAAACUGGUUGCUGAUUAUAUGGCAAAAAAGGUUAAUCUAGAUCCACUAAUUACUAGAACUCCCCAUACUUUGAAUUUUGAUAAAAUCAAUGAAGCAGUUGAACUGAUGAAAGCUGGAAAAUGGCAAGUUGUUCACAUAAUUUCUGUCUUGAGUAUUUGA